GGCACGCCACCACGAUUCCGUGCUGGUGGCUCUGCUCUGCUUUUCCCCAUCCACCUCUCUUUCCUUUUCCUUCCUUCGUAUUUGCCCUCUCUUCCUCCUUCUUACCCUUUCAUUCGUUUUUCCGCGCUCGCGGCAAGAAGGAACGGAAACGUGCGCGUUCCUUGAAAGGCCGCUAACAAUUAAUAUAUCGGGGUAGCCACUGUUACUGGUGUUCUGUCGGCACCGACGGUGCUAAUAAUUCCGCUACUACUUCUGCUGCUGCUGCUGCUGCUGCUGCUGCUGCUGCUGCUGCUGCUGCUGCUGCUGCUGCUGCCGGUGGGUUCUCUUAAGCUCCCGUAUCUCUUAUCGAUCGAAGAACGGCUCCAUUUGCUUACGAUACGAGCGUACGGACAAAUCUUUCUUCCCUUUCUACGAGAGCCCCUUUCAAGAUCGAGAGAAGAGAGCUUGACACGUGGACAAGAAUGAAAGAAUCUGUGAAACACUGGUCGUGCAGCGACACAUCGGUCCUUCACGCGAGAAAUGCUUUUUAGAAGGAAGAGGGCAUGACGCACCGAACUCAUGCAGUGGCGAAAACACGUGCGCAUCAAGUACGGUGGUCGAGUCGGUGUCGGUCAAGGACAGCAGGAUCGGGAUCAGGUGCAGCUGCAGGUGCGCGUGGUGCAGCUGCAGCGGGAAGGGGGCGCACGACUCAGCUACGUCUGUCAUCAGCCUCAACUCUCGUCUACGGCUCGCCGCGAUUGCAGUGCAGCAGCCAUGCUCUGCUGCGGCCGGAGGAAAGAGGGCCGGGGGGAAGUGAUAGACAUAAGCGCAAGUCCUGGAAGGCAAGCUCCUACCAACCAGUUGCGCCCCAAGGAACCACCAUCUUUGGUCAUCCAGGGAGACUUCCGAAAAAUAAGCGGGAUCAGUUCGGACAUCUUCAAGCAAAUCGAAACGGUCGAGAACGAUCAUGACGCCUCGACGGCAGCGGCCCUCGAAGCUGUUGAGCAAAGGGGUGACAUGGUCGUUCGCGUCAUCGAGCCCCGUCAAAUGGGCAGACAAGUGUCCGAAGCGGCAAAGAAAUUCAUUGCGAUGCAGGAUCCUAAACACCCUAUCCACCUUGUUGAGAUAAUUAAAAGGCCGGGACAGACGCUUGGCUUAUAUAUACGCGAAGGUAAUGGCGUUGACAGAAACGACGGCGUCUUCAUCUCAAGGAUAGCAUUGGAAACUGCCGUCUAUAACAGUGGCUGCUUGAAGGUAGGCGACGAGAUCCUCGCGGUAAAUUUAGUUGACGUGACGCACAUGAGCCUAGACGACGUCGUUAUUAUCAUGUCGAUACCGAGGAGGCUCAUUCUCUCGACCAGACACGGUCCCCAUCAAGCUGUCUCUCAUAGUCGUCAGGCCGAGCACAAAGCACCACCGGUGGUAGUGAUCAAGAGGGAACUGAACGAAGACGAGAGCGACCACGCUACGAGUAAUCAUGUCAGAGACAGUAGUCGCAGACGAGGCGACGGACGAGAAAUGUUGCCCUCCCGAUCGCAACUAGGCCUUACGGGUUUGGGAUCGAGUCAAGAUUUGGGUUCUAGUAACGGCGAUCUUUAUUACAAUUCGAGACCGGAAGGACAUUGGUCUUAUCAACCACCGCCACCACCUGUCAUCACCCAUCAACCGAAACCUGCGACCGCACAACAUUUUCAACCUUACGAGCGUGGUUAUCCGAAGACAUUGGAAAGUCUGGCCGAGAAAGAUUUUACGAAGGUACACUCCUUCUAUACUGGGCCAGUGAUGCCCUCGAACGAUGGACGUCGAAUGUCCACCGGUGGCGGAAUGCAAACGGUCGCAGGAAGAUUGUCAGGGCAGACUCAGUCCUCUCAUUAUGGUUAUUCUCAGCAUGCCGGAAGUGGAAGGAUCAUUCCAAGAAGCGGUUCGGAUCAACAUUUGCCGCGCGUCGAUUACGCGAGCAUAACGAUGCCAGCUCGUCAUACUCUUCUAAGAUCGAGCUUAAAAUCGGGAACGUCGGCAUUGCGAUACAACACCAGAUACGGGACUCAAGCGGACACGCCGUCGAUCACACCAAGGCGAAAUCCAGUCGGUACUUUGACCAGGAGACACAGACCAUCUUUGGAUUAUGCUUCCGAUACCGAGGCCACGUGUUCGAGUUCACCGAAAUCUGCCUACUAUUAUUACAGACACAAUAUGAAUAAUCCACCAUCGAGCAGUGCCGUCUCCCAUCUUGCGACCCUUUCGAGAUCGCAAAUUGGUCAGGGUAUGGCGGGACUGAGAUCGAACUCUUUGCCCCGAAGUGGUAGAACGUUGCCGCAACAGCCAGGUAUCAGGUCGGGUCUCAGUACGGUGGCAUCAGGAUUGAUCGAUCAGGAAGACAGCGAUGGUGCUUUAUCGGCCCCGGAAUUGCCUUCGAUUAGACGGGACAGGGGUAGGAUACCAUCGUCGCCUAGCGUAUUCACUUCCGACGAAUAUCGAGCGUGGUUGAGCAGGACGCCUAGCACGAGCGCAUUGUACGAGCAAAUCAGGGCCACCACAAAUCGACCACCACGUUAUACCUAUAGCGCUGAAAAUAUUCACGCGGCGGUCAAUCAAGGCGAUUAUGGUAGUUACGGGGCGUACAGACCACUUUCUAGUACGUUGGACCGACUUUCAACGAGAUCUGCCUCGGCGCAACAAGUUAAUUUGGCGAAUUUGAGAGCGUCGACGGCUAUUAGUUCGACGUGUCAUCGGGGUACAGGCAAUCCUAGGCCGGCAUCGGUGGCUACAAGCGCACGUUCCUCUUUGACAAGUCAAAAACCGUCGUUAGGAAGUUCAGCGAGUCAAAGGGCAACAUCAGUUAGAAGAAUUAGAAACUUAUUAGACCUUGAAUCUACGAGAAGUAUACCGACCCCCACACCUACCAGAACUCAGGAUCAAAGACUGCUAGAUAUUAAUCCUGCAGAGUUCCUCAAGUAUAAGAUAGAAAAGCCACCGACAGUGGGUACUCCGAGUUCGACCAGUUCCCUCUUGAGUUCGCUCGGGGAGACCAGCGGUGGUGAUCUGGCAGGUGGGGUCAGUGGAUUGCUCUGGGUACACUUAUUAGCGGGUCGUGGCCUUCGUUCGACUACAACCUCCUCGGCAGCAACUACACCCUCAACGCCAUCGGGUCAGCCUAAUUUAGCUAGCUGCGGCCUGAGAGACUUAUAUUGCGUAUUGGAGUGUGACAGAGUGCACAAAGCACGGACCGUAGUGCGAACGGGCGAUUUGAUGUUCGAUUGGGACGAAACCUUCGAGCUGGAUCUCGUAGGAAAUCGGCAGCUGGAUCUGCUUGUAUAUUCUUGGGACCCACAAUAUCGGCACAAACUCUGUUAUAAAGGAUCCGUACACUUGGCGACACUGCUUAAGGAAGCGGCGAUGCAUCAGUUGGCGGUUAAGGUGGAGCCUCGAGGUACAAUCUAUUUAAGACUGCGAUAUACCGACGCUCAGCAAACUUUCAGACGGAGGGGAUUACCAGUUAUAUCCCUCGCUACCAGAGUAGCUCCUUUGUUCGGAGUCGAUCUCGAUACCGUUGUUAGUCGAGAGUCAAAGACUGGAGGAGUUCCCGGUGGUGUUUCCACGGCACUAGCAAUGGGAGUUCCAAAUGUACCGAUAAUAGUUUGGCGAUGCGUCGAGGAGGUUGAAAGGAGAGGCUUGGAUAUUAUAGGUUUGUAUAGACUUUGCGGCUCGGCAACAAAAAAGAGGAUAUUAAGGGAAGCUUUUGAACGAAAUGCACGAUCGGUCAAUCUGUCACCCGACAACGUACCAGACAUAAACGUCAUCACCGGCGUACUGAAAGAUUAUUUACGUGAACUUCCGGAGCCGCUCUUUACUAAAUGCCUCUAUCAGAUGAUGGUCGACGCGCUGGCCGUUUGUUUGCCCGACGAUCCACAAGGCAACGCUAAACUCAUGUUCAGUAUAUUGGAUUGUUUGCCUAAAGUUAACAGAUGUACAUUGAUUUAUUUAUUAGACCACUUGGCAAUGGUCGUUUCUCAAUGUAACAAAAUGUCACCAGCGAGUUUGGCUGUCUGUUUUGGACCAGUACUCAUGUUACACUCCGAAGAAGGUGGUCCUCCGUUGGAUUUCCAACAGCCGAUAGCUGUAUUGAAAUAUCUUUUGGAAAUAUGGCCAAUUAAGUCAGUUCGGAAGACUUCUUCAGUCGGUUCAGCGCUUCCUCGAGUUACGCCAGCAACCGAGCACAGCAACAGUCAGCAACAAGUGGACCAACAACAGCAGCAGCAGCAGCAGCAGCAGCAGCAGCAGCAGCAACAUCACCAUCACCAUCAGCAGCAGCAGCAGCAGCAGCAGCAGCAGCAGGUACAGCAACAGGUACAACAACAGGUACAGGGAACAUUGGGUCGAACAGGGCUGCUUUGGCAGCAGCCACCCUCACUUCAUCGUCCACCCCAAACUACAGCAGCCGAAGCCCUCGCACCCUCCAUUCGUCCGCCUCCGCCGCCGCCAAUCAAGCCUCGACAGGUGAUAGUCUCGUCUCCCGGUUCACCUAGCAGCGAGGAGUCGGAAGCCUCGCCGGAGCCGAUUGACAAGAGCCUCCUAGGGGGUUUGGGAUUUGAGAAGGUCGGGGAAACUACUACCACGACGGCUGGCUCGAUCAUAGCGGGUGCGGGUGCGGGUUCGGGUGUGGGAGCGGGCGCGAUCGCGAUCGCGACCGAACAAAUGACGCCUACGAGCAGCGUCGACACGGAGGAAGCCCGUAUCUUGGAAGAGCCCGAGAAAGGUGCCGAAGGAGACGUCGAGGCAAGCGACGACGAUCGCCAUCAGCAACAGCCACAGCGACAGCUGCAGCAGCAGCAGCAGCAGCAGCACCACCACCACCACCACCAGCAGCAGCAACAACAACAACAACAACAACAACAACUUCCGAAAACGAGCCAUUAAUUAGGGCUUGCGAGCGGAUAUCAUCGAACGUUGACGAAAUGCGCAGCGCAGUGAACGUAAACGGAAUAAGCGCGAGUGAGAUCAAUGCACUUCGUUUGAGCAAAUAAUAGACUAAACAUAUAAAUAGAAUACAAAUAAAAUAACACCGUGCUCGUAACGGAUCUCUGCCGAUGUUUUCUGGCCUUUUUAUUCGCGAGUUUAACGGUUUCGGCGAUUUCGACGAUCGUCUUUCCCUCGUCUAUGGUCUUUCUAACGCUAAUUUCAUCGCACGUAGCAUCAAAAAUUUCUCUUAUCGGGAAAUAUUUAAAAAAUUUUCCUCUUUCUCCGUUAGAUCUAUUUUUCUUUUCGAAUUAAUAUUCCGAUAAGAUAUUACGCCUCUAUUCAUUGUAUAAUUUAUAUAAAUCCAAUGUCACGUUAAUAUUAUAGAUUUCUAUUUGUGAAAAUAGAUAAACUCGCGAACGCGGUCUAUUCCAUUGAAUCUCUUUCACAAUUUCAAACGAUUAGAAAGAUACGUGCGAUGUAUUAACGCGAUUCGCCUACGUUGUUAAUUGAUCAUGUAUCGUAUCGACGACCUCAUAUCACAGUUUAAUGCGCGGAGUUAUCUUCGAUCUCUCCAAUACCAUCGAUAUAAAAUAUAAUUGCUCCGUUGCAAAUUACGAACGUAAUUAAAAUUUCCCUUAAGAAAAUAUCGAUUUCAAUUCAAAGGCGAGUUACAAACCGUACAACAAAUCAUUACCAUUUUGCUGGAUAACUUUCAUAUUUCUAUAUUUAUAUCAUUUACUCGUCGUAAUGAGGUCUCGCUUGAUAUCGAGCAAUUUUAAUUAGUUAAAAAUAUCGAUCGAGCGUUCGUAGGCGAUUGUCAAAGUAAUUAAAAACGCUAACCGAUAGGACCAUGACGAAUAUUCUUUCCCAACUAGAACCGACGUUCCUAAAUCGAUAGGAAACUUUACUCGAGAUUCGUGCAGCUUCGUCAUUCUCGCCGUUGUAAUAAUAAAUAGACAAAUGAUAAAUGAAAAUAUUUCGAGCGAGAGUGAAGCUUUCAAAGCACAACCUAUCGAUAUUAAAAAGAAAAAAAAAAGAAAAAAAAAGAAAAAGAAAGAAAAAAGAAAAAAAAAAGAAAAAA